CAGAGCAUCGCAAUUAUGAAAAUUCCAGAUUCUUCUUCUUCACCAACCGGAGUUCUCGAAGAAUUCUUCAGAACCGAAGAAUUUGAAACCUCCGUGACGAUAACGACGACGAAGAACCCUUCCUCCUCCUCCUCCCGAUUCCGCAAAAUCGUUCAGCUUCUAAGAAGCACAUCGAAGAAAUCGCUGGAGAAUCUGAAGAUUCCGUUUCACAACAACAAUGCCAUUAAAAGCUCUUUGAGAAGAUGCACUAGCUUGAGAGAGAAUCUCAGAUUCGGCUCCCACGAUUCUCACUUUCUUGUUUUCUCUCCUCGAAGAAUCUUCACUUUCUCUGAUCUUAAAUCUGCUACAAACAAUUUCGCUGUAGAGAAUAUAAUUGGGAAAGGAGGUUAUGCUGAAGUUUACAAGGGGAAGUUAUCAAAUGGACAAAUGGUAGCGAUAAAACGGCUGAUGCGAGGCAACAGCGAAGAGAACAUCGUAGAUUUUCUUUCGGAGAUGGGUAUAAUGGCGCAUGUUAACCAUCCAAACAUAGCCAAGCUUUUAGGCUAUGGUGUCGAAGGAGGAAUGCACCUUGUUCUUGAGUUAUCACCACAUGGAAGCUUAGCUUCUAUGCUUUAUAGCUCGAAGGAGAAGAUGAAAUGGAGCAUUAGGUACAAGAUAGCAUUAGGAGUUGCAGAGGGUCUUGUGUAUCUUCACAGAGGAUGUCACAGGAGAAUCAUUCACAGAGAUAUCAAAGCCGCAAACAUUCUUCUCACGCAUGAUUUUUCGCCUCAGAUAUGCGACUUUGGGCUAGCGAAGUGGCUACCUGAACAUUGGACACACCAUGUUGUUUCCAAGUUUGAGGGCACAUUCGGAUAUCUUGCUCCUGAGUACUUAACUCACGGGAUAGUAGAUGAGAAGACUGAUGUAUUCGCCUUGGGUGUACUUUUACUAGAACUUGUUACUGGACGAAGAGCUCUUGACUACUCCAAGCAGAGUCUUGUUCUAUGGGCUAAACCAUUGAUGAGGAAGAACAAAAUUAGAGAGCUCAUCGAUCCAUCUCUAGAGGGUGACUACGAGUGGAGGCAGAUUAAACUUUCGCUUUUGGCUGCUUCUUUAUCAAUCCAACAAUCAUCAAUAGAGAGGCCUGGGAUGAGUCAGGUGGUUGAGAUCCUCAAAGGCAACUUGAACGAUCUCAAGUGCAUCAUGAAAUGCAGAGUUCCCUUUUAUCGGAAAGCUUUCAGAGAUGAAAUCGGGCAAGAGAGAUUCAGAAAAUAGAUCUUGGAAAUGGAUGAAACCACAAGAAAUGGGGAAAGAAGUGAAGGAAAUAAAAGAGGGUUUAAAUCAUUUUGGGGAUAGAAAAGGAUUAUGAAUCUAAGUGAGCCUAAAAAAGA